UGUGAGGGGAGGCAGGGGUGUGUCCUGCUCUCCUGCUCCCUGCCCGGGGCACAGGGGUCUCCUCUCCUCUCCCGGCGGCCGCGGCUCACUCGGCCGGCCGUCCCGCGGCGGGACGACUCGGCUGCCCGGCAGUCAUGGCUCGGGAAAGUUUGCCGCUGCUCCUGCUGCUGGCGGCGCUCGGCAGCCGAGGCCAGUCGCCGUCGCCGCCUCCGCCGCCGCAAAGAGGCCUGUUUCCUGCAGUGCUGAACUUGGCUAGUAAUGCUCUCAUCACAACCAAUGCUACCUGUGGAGAAAAGGGGCGGGAAAUGUACUGCAAACUCGUUGAGCAUGUACCCGGACAGCCUGCAAGGAACCCUCAGUGCCGCAUUUGUGAUCAAAGGAGCCGAGUUCCACAUCAACGACACCCGAUAACAAAUGCAAUUGAUGGCAAGAACACUUGGUGGCAAAGUCCUAGUAUCCAGAACGGAAUUGAGUAUCAUUAUGUGACCAUUACGUUGGACCUCCAACAGAUUUUCCAGAUAGCAUAUGUUAUUGUGAAAGCAGCUAACUCCCCUCGUCCUGGGAACUGGAUAUUAGAGCGUUCACUGGAUGGAGUAGACUAUCAGCCGUGGCAGUACUAUGCUAUCACAGACAGCGAGUGCCUGACGCGCUACAACAUUUAUCCCCGGCCAGGAACCCCAUCCUACAUAAAAGAUGAUGAAGUCAUAUGCACUUCUUAUUAUUCCAAAAUCCAUCCUCUGGAAAAUGGAGAGAUUCACACUUCUCUAAUUAAUGGACGACCUAGUGCUGAUGAUCCAUCACGUGAAUUACUGGAAUUCACCUCUGCUCGCUUUAUUCGCCUGAGAUUCCAGAGGAUACGGACACUAAAUGCUGAUCUAAUGAUGUUUGCACACAAAGAUCCAGCUGAAAUUGAUCCCAUUGUUACAAGGAGGUAUUACUAUUCUAUAAAAGACAUCUCUGUUGGAGGCAUGUGUAUAUGUUCAGGCCAUGCAAAGGCUUGUCCACUGGAUCCAGUGACCAAUAAAUCCGUCUGUCAGUGUGAGCACAACACAUGCGGAGAGACAUGUGAUCAGUGUUGUCCUGGUUUCCAUCAAAAGCCGUGGCAUGCUGGCACUCUCCUGCAUAAGCAUGAAUGUGAACCAUGCAACUGUCACGGGAAGACUGAGGAAUGUUACUACGAUCAGAGUGUGGCAGACAGAAAUGAGAGUUUGAAUAUCCACGGGGAGUACCUCGGGGGUGGAGUGUGUGUGAAUUGCUCAGGCUACACCAGUGGCAUAAACUGCGAGACCUGUCUGGAUGGCUACUUCAGGCCAAAAGGGGUAUUGCCAGAUGACCCAGAUCCAUGCCAGCCAUGUUCUUGUGAUCCAAAUGGGUCUUUAAAUGAUACUUGUGUCAAGGAUGAGAAACAUGUGGAAGGAGAUUUGUUGCCUGGUUUCUGUCACUGCAAGUCUGGCUAUGCAGGAGAAAGCUGUGAUCGCUGUGCCUUGGGUUAUACAGGAUAUCCUGACUGCCUGCCCUGCAACUGCUCCCUUGAGGGCAGUGAAAAUGAUGACCCUUGCAUAGGUCCCUGCAUCUGCAAGGAACAUGUUGAAGGAGAAAACUGUGACCGUUGCAAACCAGGCUUCUUCAAUCUUCAGCAAAAUAAUCCCGAAGGCUGUGAGGAGUGUUUCUGCUCUGGGAAAACAAACAUCUGCAGACACUCUCCCUUCACCUACAGAAAUAUAGAAGACAUGAAUGGUUGGUAUCUGACUGACUUACCAGGUCUCAUCAGAGUUAUCCCCAUGGAAGAGAGAUUUGAUGGGCGUCAGCAGCUUAGCAUCAGCAACGUGGCUGCGCAAAAAGUACUGCCACAGAUUUACUAUUGGAGCGCACCCAGUUCUUAUUUGGGCAACAAAAUAGCAGCUGCUGGAGGACAUCUGAAAUUUACAGUCUCCUAUGACAUCACAGAAGAAGAGGGAGAAACAGCUAAAUUGAUGGUUCAAUCUGAUGUUAUCAUAGAGGGAGGUGAUUUGAAAAUCAGCACUCCAAAAGGGAUAAUUCACCUGAAGCCUUCUGAGGAGCACACUGAAGAAGUUGUGUUGAAGCCAGAAUCUUUCUCAGUGCAUGGCACCGAUGUUCCAGUCAGCAGGAGGGAGUUCAUGACUAUCCUUGCAAAUGUGAAGAGGAUCCUCAUAAGAGCCACAUACAGCAAUGGGAUGAAUGCCAUCUACAGACUAAGAAGUGUUAUUAUGGAAGCUGCUGACCACACUUCAAGGGGGAAAACGGUAGCAUCUGCAGUGGAGUUGUGUGAAUGUCCUCCAGGCUAUGAUGGUACCUCCUGUGAGUCAUGCUGGCCUGGACACCGGCGUGUGAAUGGCACGAUCUUUGGUGGAGUUUGUGCACCCUGUACGUGCUUUGGUCAUGCAGAUGAGUGUGAUGACAUCACAGGAGCAUGUCUGAACUGCAAACACAACACAGGUGGUGCAUAUUGUGAUAGAUGCCUGCCUGGCUUCUAUGGUGAUGCAACUAAAGGGACAGCUGAAGACUGUCAAUUGUGUGCUUGCCCCCUAAAUAUACCUUCUAACAACUUUAGCCCAACGUGUCAUUUUGACCGACAUCGUGGAUUAAUGUGUGAUGAAUGCCCAGCUGGCUAUGUGGGACCACGCUGUGAAAGGUGUGCAGAAGGCUAUUUCGGACAACCUCUAAUACCAGGGGGAUCAUGCCAGCCAUGCCAGUGUAAUGACAACCUUGACUUCUCUGUUCCUGGCAGCUGUGACAGCUUGUCUGGUGCUUGUCUGAUAUGUAAGCCAGGUACAGCAGGCCAAUAUUGUGAGAGGUGUGCUGAUGGAUAUUUUGGUGAUGCUCUUCAUGCAAGAAACUGUCAACCCUGCCACUGUCACCUGAAUGGCUCCUUCUCAGAGAUCUGUGACUCUCGGACAGGCCAGUGCAAGUGCAAAGCCAACGUCAUCGGGCGCCGCUGUGACAUCUGCAAACCCAACUACUUCUGGGCCCCAGAAAAGCUGUUUUGUAUACCCUGUGGCUGCAGUGCUUUAGGAUCUGUGUCACUGCAGUGUGAUAUGUUGGGAAGAUGUAUCUGCAAAUCAGGAUUCGUGGGCAGACACUGUGAAAUCAGCAGACAGGUGCCUAAAUUGCAAGAAAAUGCAGGAAGCAGUCAGCAGAUUCGAGUACCCCCCCGGAGGUGGGGCACCAGCAGCGCCAGUGGGUGCCCACGAGGCGCUUACCGGCCUGCAGCUCUGCCUGGAACAUUUGGCCUACAGUCUCCCCGAGGAUGCGUUCCCUGCAACUGCAACUCGUUUGGUUCCAAGUCCUUUGAUUGCGAUGGAGACGGCCAGUGCUAUUGCCAGCCUGGAGUGACAGGGAAGAAGUGUGACCGCUGUGCACAUGGGUUUUACAACUUUGAAGAGGGAGGCUGCACUCCCUGUGAGUGUUCACGUUUUGGCAAUAACUGCGAUCCCAUCAGUGGACGCUGUAUCUGCCCUCCCAAUACUGUUGGAGAGAUGUGUGACAAAUGCGCGCCAAAUCACUGGGGCCAUAACAUUGUCAGUGGCUGCAAGCCCUGUGAGUGUAGCCUCAUUGGAGCCCUAAGUUCUCAGUGUGACUUAAAUACAGGCUGUUGCUUCUGCCGCCCUGAAUUCUCUGGGGACAAAUGCUCUGAGUGCAGGUUGGGCUACUGGAAUUACCCGCAUUGUGUCGCUUGUCAGUGCUUCCCGGCUGGGACAGAUCCACAGAGCUGUGAUACAGAGGGGAAGUGCUCAUGCAUUGAUCAUUCUGGCCAAUGCAGCUGCAAGGUUAAUGUGGAAGGUGUCCACUGUGACAGGUGCAGGUCUGGCACAUUUGGUCUCUCUGCCAGAAACCCACUUGGCUGCAGCAGUUGCUACUGCUUUGGCCUGACCACACAGUGCAGCGAGGCAAGGGGGCUGAUCCGUGUGUGGGUGACCUUGAAGCCAGAGCAAAUGAUUCUGCCGCUGGUGGAUGAAAAGCUUCAGCGUAGCACUCUUUCGGGGAUUGCAUUCCAGCCUCCUGAAAUAGUAGCAAAUAUAGAACAGGUGAUGCAGGAUCUUCGGUCAGAACCUGUUUACUGGAGGCUUCCAGAGCAGUUUGAGGGACGAAAGCUGACUGCUUAUGGAGGGAAACUGAAAUACGCCAUCUAUUUUGAAGCACGAGAAGAGACAGGUUUUACUACUUACUCCCCACAAGUCAUCAUACGAGGCGGGCCUCCCACAAAUACGAGAAUUAUUGUCCGGCAUAUGGCUGCCCCUCUGAUUGGCCAGCUUACAAGGCAUGAGAUAGAGAUGACAGAGCAUGAAUGGGAAUAUUAUGGUGAUGACCAAAGAGGCAGAAGCCCUGUUCCCUGGGAAUAUUAUCAGGGUAACCCAGGUCUCAACAGGACAAUGUCUCAGGCAGAUUUCAUCUGGAAACCUUAUGGAGACGACUCAAGACCAAGCAGAACUGUAUCCCGGGAAGACUUCAUGAAUGUGUUGUAUGAUGUUCAUUACAUUCUUAUCAAGGCGACUCAUGGCAAUAUCAUGAGGCAGAGCAGGAUUUCCGAGAUCUCACUGGAAGUUGCUGAAAGUGGUCCUGUAUCUGGCAUGGCUCCUCAAGCUUACCUGAUAGAGAAAUGUGACUGCCCACUGGGUUACUCUGGUCUGUCCUGUGAGUCAUGCUCUCCAGGAUUUUAUAGGCUUCCAUCUCCACCUGCGGGAGGGACACCUGCUCAGUCCUUAGGCACUUGUGUUGUAUGUCAGUGUCAUGGACACAGCACUAUGUGUGACUCUGAAUCAUCAAUUUGUCAGGACUGCCAGCACAAUACUGCUGGUCACCACUGUGAGAGGUGUGCACCGGGAUUCUACGGCAUUGUCCAAGGCAAUCCAGAUGACUGUCGGCCCUGUGCUUGCCCUCUACCCAUUUCUAGUAACAAUUUUAGCCCUACUUGCGUUGCUGAAGGACCUAGUGACUACCGGUGUACUGCUUGCCCACCUGGAUACGAAGGCCAGUACUGCCAAAGAUGUUCUUCUGGCUACACAGGAAGCCCACAGGUUCCCGGAGGGUCCUGCCAGGCAUGUGAGUGUGAUCCCUAUGGUUCCGUGCCCGUGCCCUGUGACCCUGUCAGUGGGCAGUGCACUUGCAAGCCUGGAUUCACGGGGUGGAAGUGUGCUGGCUGUGAGCAUCGGCAUGCGCGUCAUGGCACCAAAUGCCUUUCUUGUGAUGAUGAAUGCACAGGACUCCUUCUCAAUGACCUAGAUCGGCUAAACCAGAUGAUCCUGAGUGUUAACCUUAGUGGUCCACUGCCUGCUCCAUAUAAAAUGUUACAUGGCUUUGAGAACAUGACACAGGAAUUAAAGCAUUUGCUUUCACCUCAGAGAGCACCAGAGAGGUUUCUUCAGCUAGCACGAGAAAAUCUGGAUACCUUGGUGACAGAAAUGGAUGAACUACUGACAAGAGCUACCAAGGUGACAGCAGAUGGUGAGCAGACCAGGCAGGAUGCCGAGAGGACUAAUGACAGAGCGAAAUCUCUUGGACAGUUCGUCAAAGGCAUUCUUCAAGCUGCUGAAGCUGCAAAUGAAGAUGCUAUAAAACUGAAUGAGACACUCAGAACACAAGACAAGAUGUUGGAGAAGAGUCUUCCAGAACUGCAGAGUGAGGUUGAAGCAAUGGUCAUGGAGAUGAGAAAUAGAGACCUCAGUAUGCAAGAAAAAAUAGCUCAAGAUGAGUUAAAGAAUGCAGAAGAUCUUUUGGACAAGGUCAAGAAAUUAUUUGGUGAGCCCAGUAAGAAAAAUGAGGAUCUCAAAAAUGAGGUCUGGGACAAGCUAGCAAACUACCAGAGCAAAGUUGAUGAUGCUCAAGAUCUGCUAAGAGAAGCUGCAAGUAAAAUUUGGGAGGCAGAUCGUUUAUCUGCAGUCAACCAAAAAAAUAUGACCAUGCUGGAGAAAAGGAAGCAAGCUGUAGAAGAUGGCAGACAAGAUGUUGAAAAGGCCCUUCAGGAAGGGAAUGAUAUUCUUAAUGAAGCCAGUAAACUUGCAAAUAACAUCAGCAUAGCUGUAGAGUAUGUAGAAGGUGUUGCAGAUAAGAUACAGCCAAUGUCUGAUCAGCUGAAAGAUAAAAUAGAUGACUUAUCACAAGAAAUUCGAGACAGGAUGCUUCCAGAAAAGGUGUUGCAAGCUGAGAACCAUGCGGGCCAGCUGAAUGAAUCAUCUGCAGUGCUGGAUGGAAUCCUUAUUGAAGCCAAAAACCUCUCUUUCAAUGCCACACGUGCUUUCAAUGCUUACACUAACAUCAAGGAUUACACAGAUGAAGCUGAAAGGGUUGCCAAGGAAGCCAAGGCUCUUGCAAAUGAAGCCAUGCAAUCGACAUCUGAUCCUCAAGGAUCACUGAAGGAUGGUGCCAGGAGCUCUCUUCAGAAAAGCUUCAGGGUCCUUAACAGAGCCAAGAUGUUAGAAAGUGAUGUUAAAGAAAAGGAUGAUAAUCUGGACACCACACAAAACAGGCUGAAAGAUGCUGAUGAGAAGAAUGCCAUUCUCUUGAGAGCAUUGAAUGAAACCUUAGGAAAGCUGUCAGCCAUUCCUAAUGAUACGGCUAUAAAGAUACAGGCAGCCAAAGACAAAGCAAGACAAGCCAACGAUACUGCAAAUGAUGUCCUGGCCCAAAUUAAAGACCUCAAUCGGAACCUCCUGGGCUUGAGAAAAAACUACAGUAAACUUACAGACGAUGUGGCCAAAACAAAUGCAGUUGUGAAGGAUCCAGUCAAGAACAUUGCUGAUGCAGAUUCCAGUAUUAAAAACUUAGAAAAGGAAGCAGAUCGCCUGCUAGAUAAAAUCAAGCCAAUCAAAGAACUCCAGGAUAACUUAGGGAAAAACAUUUCUCAGAUAAAAGAGUUGAUAAACCAAGCUCGGAAGCAAGCCAAUUCGAUCAAAGUGUCUGUGUCCUCUGGAGGCAAUUGUAUUCGCACAUACAGACCAGAAAUAAAGAAGGGAACAUACAACACCGUCAUUGUCAAUGUGAAGACUGUUGUUGCUGACAAUCUGCUUUUUUACCUUGGAAGUGCCAAGUUUACUGACUUCUUGGCCAUAGAGAUGCGCAAAGGCAAGGUGAGCUUCCUGUGGGAUGUGGGAUCUGGAGUUGGAAGGGUAGAAUACCCAGAUCUGACCAUUAAUGAUGGCUUUUGGUACCGGAUUGAAGCCUCUAGGACUGGGAAAAAUGGCACAAUAUCAGUGCGAGCUCUGGAUGGUCCUAAAGCCAGCAUUGUGCCAGCCACAUUCAGUGCUGUCUCUCCACCUGGAUAUACCAUUCUGGAUGUGGAUGUUAAUGCUGUGCUCUUUGUUGGUGGUUUAACAGAAAAAAUUAAGAAGUCGGAUGCUGUAAGAGUCACCACCUUCACUGGCUGCAUGGGUGAAACCUUUCUAGACAGCAAACCCAUUGGACUCUGGAAUUUCAGGGAUAUUGAAGGAGACUGCAAAGGGUGUGCUGUCAGCCCACAGGUGGCAGAUGGUGAAGGAACGGUGCAGUUUGAUGGUGAGAGCUAUGCCAUGGUGAGCCGCCCAAUCCGCUGGAACCCCAAUAUUUCCACAGUCAUGUUCAAGUUCAGGACUUUCUCAUCAAAUGCUCUGCUGAUGUAUCUUGCUACUGAUGACUUGAAGGACUUCAUGAGUGCAGAACUCAGUGGUGGGCGUAUAAAAGUCAGCUACGAUCUGGGUUCAGGUACAGCUUCAGUUAUCAGCAACCAAAAUCAUAAUGAUGGCAGAUGGAAAUCUUUCACCCUGUCUAGAAUUCAAAAGCAAGCCAACAUAUCAAUUGUAGACAUAGACACCAAUGAAGAAGAAAUCAUAGCAACAACUUCUACAGGCAGCCACUUUGGACUCAACUUAAAAGGACAUGAGAAAAUAUAUUUUGGGGGGUUGCCAACCCUGAGAAAUCUAAGUAUGAAAGCAAGGUAAAAACAAUCAGAUUAUUUGCAUGACUUGCAUGUGUCUAGUUAAAGUGCAGCUUGAAGGCACGGGUGGCACCGCAGCAGCAGCAGCAUGGGCAAGGUUUAGAUUAGACCAGUUGCUACGCUAAGGCUCUUAGUUCAGCGAGCAGCUCCUGCCACAGCCAGCAAAGCUGCUCCCAAGUGCUCACCACCAUCACGUUCCACGCUGUGCACACACCUACACAAGCAACUUCUAUUUUCCUCGCGCAGCUGCUUCCUUCAGCUGUGCGUUGCUUGUGCCAGCGCAGAGCCUCGGAAGCGGGGCUGCAGCCAGCUGUGUUGCUGACCUUGGCUCCGACCUCCAGGCUGUAGGAGCGCUGUGGUACCGUGUGAGGUGGGGAGCGCCGAGCUCAGAGGCAGUGAAGUAGGUACUGAGGAGAGCAUGAAAGCGAGGUGGAGAUUUUUUGUGAAAUUUGCCACUUCUCAUGUUCAUGUAGUAUGAGUUCAGGAGAAUGAGGGGGAGAGAGGGGAGGUUGCCUAUUUCAGACUGCGUUUUCAGUUUGCAACUAUUUGUAUCCAUUGCUUUUGCUUCAGUAUACCCAGAUAUGAACUGAUUUUCACUGUGUUUUGCAGCCUAAUUCCUGGCCUGAACUGGAAAAACACAACUUCACUCCCACACUCCUGCCCUGAACCUCAAAAAGAUUAUUUCCUCCCAAGCUCCAGAAAUUGCUUGGUUUUUUUCCCUCAAAACUGACCUAUCUUGGCAAAAAGGAGCUAACAAAAAAAUCCAAAAACAAACCAAGAGUUACGCAAGAUCUUUGUGAUCUUGGACUUUGUUUGCUGUAUUUUGGAAAGGAAAAAAGCAGUCUUAAAGAAAACAUCAAGCAAGUGUUCAGUGUUUGCAAAGAGGUUGAGCCAGACAACCCACGGUGCUCCCUUCCAACCUUACCCAUUCUGUGAUUCUUUGAUAUGGGUUGGGAAUUAUAACAGCAACUGUUUGUAGCAGGACAGGAUGAGGACAGUUUGUCAAUGGACAAGGCAGGAAAGGGUAGUAGCAGGAAUGGUUUCUGGAUGGCAAAGUCUACGGGCACCAGCGACAAUGGUAACAGCAAAACUGUUCUUCCAUUGGGAAGAUAAAUCCAUCAAGGAACUGGAGAAAAAUGAGCUAGGAAAAAAAACCUGAAAAAUGAAAGGUGAACUCAGCUACUUGACUGUAAAUAAAGCAGCAUAUGGAUCAUUUUAGUAAACCAGAUGCUUGCUUUAACUUAUGCAAAGUACUAAUUUGCCAGAGAAUACAUUACGCUUGCUCAGUUGGCUAUAAUGCAAAGAAUGGCUUUCAGUGCCAAAACAUGCAGCUGAUUAGUAUCUGCACAAAAUGAUUUGAUUUUGUAAUUAAUAUUCUUUGCAUUUUUUUUUUCCUUCCAGGGAACUGCAGUUACUUCCCUCCUUUCCCACCCCACCCCAGUUUUAACUCCUUAUUUAUUUCCCAAAUUCAUUUUUCUCUCUUUGAGCUGCUCAUACUAUUCAGAUAUUCUAGUAAGCACUCAAGGGUAAUAUUUUUUAGUAAAUUAAAUCGUGGUUUUUUUUUUCUUUUUGGAUUUACUCUCCAUGGUAUCAAUGGCACGUCUUUUUUUUUUUCCUGAAGUGACUUUAUAAGGCUUUUCUUCUGGCAAGCCUGUUUCAGAUGCUGCCAGCAGUUAUGGCCUCACUCUGGUGUACCUGGGCCUGGAAAAUUGUACUUUUGCAAUCAAAUAUGAUCGUUUUGGUGUUACUUUCAAGGGGUUUCUCAUUUCCUCUCAUCAGCCAGCUGAUGAGUCAAACAUGGACCUUGAAUUCCAUUACAGUACUUUCCUGUCAAGGAUGGAUAGUUACAUUCUGUAACAAACCCAAGUGCUUUGUUUUGUUUAACUGCCUGAAAAAGUCAGAUGAAUUGCUGUGUCCUAAGAAAAUAUGCAGCAGUUUUCAUAAGAAAGUUACUGGACAUAUAAAAUAAAAGUCAGUCCACCUGAUUGAAUUCCUGAAGCAUGUUGGCAAAAACUUCACUCAAAUAUUUGUAUGCUGCUAAAGUUCUUCUUUCAUUUGCUCUAGCAUGCAAAAAGAUGAAAAAAAAUUUCUUCCAGUUAAGGUCUGUCCUUACUGUCAUGAUUUCCUAGUUUGCAUCUUUCUUCUUUGCCUAAGAAACAGCACCUUCCUUAUUUCAUACCUCACUGUGUUUUAACGUCAAAGGUGCUCUCCUUUACCAAAGGAAAAACACAAAAAACAAAACAACCAACCAAAAACCCUUAAAGAAAAGAAAGAACAAAUUAAGAAGGGGACUGUUGUCAAUUGGAGAUGAGAUGAACCUCGUUACACCUUUGAGCGGUGCAAGGCAGAGUGCAAUGUGUGCUGAUAGAGUGUAGAAGUGUAUUCAAGUGUAUGUGUGUAGUUAAAAUAAAAAUCAA